GCUAGCUUGGUGUCCCAGAACCAGGAGGGAGUCCUGCUGCUUUAAAUUUUGCUGCCCUCCCCUCCCCCUCCAGCCUGCACUUACUUUACAACCGGAAGGGUAUACAGUGCUAUGCUGCUAUCCUUCAUAUGCUGCACCACAUGGUGUGGUGAGGACAAUAAGCAGGGGUUGAAAUUCAAAGAUCUAACUCACAAGUGGGAUUCUCUUACCUUCCCUACUGGUUCGCAAACGUGAGCGUGCAUGCUCUGUGCUCGCGCAUUGCAUCUGGGCGGGUGGACGGAGCCUCCCGCAGUCACAACUAACGGUUCGCCCAAACCGGACAGAAACGGCUGAAUCCCACCACUGUGGUCUAACUACAGGAAAAGCCACCAUCAAUCAUCAUAGACAAUAUAUGAUGGGGUAUUGCAUAUAUACUCCAGGAACCCCAUCCUAAAAUCUCUAAAGCCCAGAUGAAAGUGGCUGAUUCCAUAGCAGACUUGCUGGACCAGUUGGAGCUAAGCAGAUCCCUGACCUCCGAUGGCAUCGUCUCAAGCCAUCUCCUCCGUGCACCCUAAAUUAUCUGUGUUGAAUGUCCUGGGGUUCCACACCAGAUCCUGUAAAGCGAUGGUCAGGCUGCCUUACCAGUGGGCCGACAAUGAAACCGAAAUGAAGUCACAUAGGCAAAGGGUCAGUGAAUAAUUUCCUGAUGACUGGUCCCAAGGCAUACCUCAUCUACUCCAGCAGUGUUGCAGCUGGUGCACAGAGUGGCAUUGAGGAAUGCAAGUUCCAGUUUGCUUGGGAUCGUUGGAACUGCCCCGAGAGAGCUUUGCAACUCUCCAGCCAUGGAGGCCUUCGCAGUGCUAACCGAGAAACCGCUUUUGUUCAUGCAAUCAGUUCAGCUGGGGUCAUGUACACAUUGACACGCAACUGCAGCCUUGGGGACUUUGACAACUGUGGAUGUGAUGAUUCUCGCAACGGACAGUUUGGAGGCCAAGGAUGGCUAUGGGGAGGCUGCAGUGACAAUGUGGGUUUUGGGGAAGCCAUUUCCAAGCAGUUUGUGGAUGCCCUUGAAACAGGGCAAGAUGCCAGAGCAGCAAUGAAUCUGCACAACAAUGAAGCUGGCCGAAAGGCAGUGAAAGGAACUAUGAAGAGAACCUGCAAGUGUCAUGGGGUUUCAGGCAGCUGCACCACCCAGACCUGCUGGCUGCAACUCCCUGAAUUUCGAGAAGUGGGGACAUACCUGAAGGAGAAAUACCACAAAGGACUGAAAGUAGACAUACUGAAAGGGGUUGCCAAUAGCGCUGCAAGCCGAGGCGCCAUCGUGGAAACCUUCAGCUCAAUCUCCAAAAAGGAGCUUGUCCACUUGGAAGACUCUCCUGACUACUGCUUGGAGAACAAGACUUUGGGUCUCUUGGGUACGGAAGGCCGGGAGUGUCUGAAGAGAGGCAAGGCCCUGAGUAAGUGGGAGAAACGGAGCUGCCAGCGCCUGUGUGGAGACUGUGGGUUGGCUGUGGAGGAACAGCGAGCAGAGAUGGUGUCGAGCUGCAACUGCAAAUUCCACUGGUGUUGCGCAGUUCGUUGUGAGCAGUGUCGCAAACGUGUCACCAAGUAUCACUGCGUCCGCAAGGAGAAGGGAGAGCAGCAUGGGGGCAACCUGCCCUCACGCAAGCUCAGGAGGAAGCAGCCUUGAAUCAACUCAUCAUCCUUUGCUCUUUCAUAACGUCUCAUAUUUCACUUCUACUUUGUUUUCCAUAUUUAGAUCUAUCUAUGAAAAAGGAAGCCUUCGCCUAUCUAGUCUUUAACCCCACUUCGGAGAACCCACUGGAAGAAGCUUGCAAGAUGUUCCAGGAAAGAUGAACCGAGAUAGUCCCAAGCUGAUAAGACUCUUAUGGAAUGAGUUUGGCUUCAAAGCCAAAGUGAGGAUCUGAAAGGAUUUAGCCUCUGAUUCUGUCGGGAGGGGAUGUAGACAUUUCCUCUCCUUGCAGACUCUGUGGCAGCUUGAAGGCAAGUAUCAAAAUGAAGUCCACAAGCAUUUUGCCGUUCCCAAAAUAUGCAAAUGGACUGAACAAAAAUUAAAAACCAACCAACCCACCUUGUCUGAAAAUAGACUUCUGAAAGCUGAUUGAAUCAGCUAGAAUUAAAAAAAACAAACUCCAUAUUGAAGAAGUAUUUUUUGAAUUGUUGGCAGGGAUUCUCGAGUUCCGUUGACAGCUAAGUAAACUUGGAAAGCCAGUUUGGUCUAGUGGUAUGAAGACAUCAUGCUAGAAACCAAGAUACCAUGAAUUCUAGUCUUGCCUUAGACACAAAGCCAACAGCUGGAUGAUCUUGGGUGACUUUCUCUCUUUCAACCCCUAGGAAGGAGCAAACCACUUCUGAAAAGCCUUGCCAAGGAAGCCUCCAACAAUUGGACAGUGACUGAAAAGAAGAAUUAAAAACACAACAAAACCCUAGAGUAAUAUAUUUUCAAAGGCUUUCUGUGUUAACUAAAAUAUCAAUUUUCCACCUUGCAGAUUUGUUGACCAGGUUUGAAAAGGCCCACAUGCGAAGUAGUGACUCUCAACAACAGCCCUUGUUUACAGAAAGGAAAUCCAGCCAUGUAUCCUGGGGUAUCCUCUCAAGGACAGUCUGUUUUGAUGCUUCCUGCUGGACUUGAAUGCCAUGUGUCAUGCGCUCACAAUCAGGAACAUUCUCAGAUCUGCAAAUCCAAACCUGUUACUUUAAUAUAGUUUUCCUUCUUCCA